AUGGCCUCCUUCUUCAAAAAGGUCCAAGGCGACAUCGAGGCCAUGUUUGGUGACGAGAAACACUCCCACGCCCACUUAGGGCACGCCUGCGACGACCUGCAUUCCGAAGAACACAGGGCAAACCGAUACCACUCGUUUGCGCCUGAAUCCAGUGGCGACGCCAAGUGGUAUGUGGACGGAUGCUCGUAUUUCUGGGCGGUCUCCGAGGCUCUAGAGCAGGCGAAAGAAGAGAUCUUCAUCUUGGACUGGUGGCUGAGCCCAGAGCUCUACCUCCGUCGCCCACCGUCCCAGAAUGAGCAGUACCGCGUGGACAACAUGCUCAAGGCUGCAGCCGAGAGGGGUGUCAAGGUGCAUAUCAUCGUGUACAAAGAGGUUGAAGCGGCCUUGACAUGCAACUCAAACCACACCCGAAAGGCGCUCGAGGCACUGCAUCCCAACAUCGGUGUCUUUCGGCACCCGGACCAUACACCUACUGGGUACGACCUGGCGUCCGAGUUUGGCGGUGUAUUAGAUCACCUGACCAACUUCGACUUGGCAAAAGCAUCGAGCAGUGCUGUGGAGGCAAUCUAUGGUACCGCCGACGGCAUGGUGCUGUUCUGGGCGCAUCAUGAGAAGCUGAUUGUUGUUGAUCGCAAGCUCGGAUUCAUGGGUGGUCUUGAUAUGUGCUUCGGCCGUUGGGAUACAAGCAGUCAUCCCAUUGCAGACGCACAUCCUGGCAACCUGGACGCCAUCGUCUUCCCGGGUCAGGACUACAACAAUGCCCGGGUGUACGAUUUCCACGAUAGCUCACGCAUGGGCUGGUCUGACGUGGCCAUGAGCAUGCAAGGGCCGAUUGUCGACAGUAUGAUUCUACACUUUGUGGACCGAUGGAACUACAUCUGGGAUGAAAAGUACAAAAACAAGGAUGGGGCCAAGUACACGCGCUUACAGGCCGAUGGUCUGUCAACGUCUGGUGAACAGACUACAGACGACGGGGCCAAUGUCCUGGAAGAUCUCACAAAUCGCUUCAGCCGAGGCAUGAACAAGUUUAUGCAUUUCGGCGGGCAGGAUGGCAACGACGAUGCGCCUCGUGAUGAUGAAACUGAGAGGACGAAGAUGCAACUCACGAGAAGUGCUACCAAGUGGUCUUCUGGUCAUCCUACCGAGCACUCCGUUGCCAAUGCCUACGUCGAUGCGAUAUCCAACGCAAAGCACUAUGUGUACAUUGAGAACCAGGCAAUCAACAAGCUUGGCGCCGUCAUGGUCGACCGCAUCCUCCGCGCGCACCGUGCUGGCGAGGCCUUCAAGAUAUGGGUGGUCAUGCCAGCGGUCCCUGCGUUCGCCGGCGAUCUUCACUCGGACGGCGCCCUCGGCACGCGGGCCAUCAUGGAGUUCCAGUACUUCUCCAUCAGCCGCGGAGGACACAGCAUCCUCGAGACCCUGCGCAACGAAGGCGUGGAGGACCCUGGCCAGUACAUUGGUUUCUACAACCUGCGAAACUACGACCGCAUCAAUAUCUCGCAGACCAUGGACGACGCAGAACGGGAGGCCGGCGUGUCGUAUGAGGAGGCCCGCAUGGGCCAUGAUGAGCAAGUCGGAGAUGGCUCCUCCGGCGAGGGAAGGGAUAGAGAGAACCAUUACGACCAGUACAGGCAGUACCAGAAGGGAGCCGCCCACGUCGCAGACCAUACCCGUGACACCGUCAGCUCCUGCUACAUGGACGGCGCCCGCCUGUCCGACGUUGGUUGGGACGGCCCAGAUCCCGAAACGGAGAUGGACGCGUACGUGAGCGAAGAACUAUACGUGCACAGCAAGCUCCUCAUCGCCGACGACCGCCUCGUCAUCUGUGGCUCCGCCAACCUCAACGACCGCUCCCAGCUCGGCACCCACGACUCGGAGAUCGCUGUGGUCAUCGAAGAUCCGACCCCCGUCGAGUCCAGGAUGAACGGCGCGCCGUACACCGCCUCCCAAUUUGCCGCGUCCCUGCGCCGAUAUAUCUUUAGGAAACACUUAGGUCUCCUCCCCGACCAGCGCUGGGACGAGCCCAACCAGAACUGGCGUCCCGUCAAUAGAGCGCCCAAUGACUACGACUGGGGUUCUCCGUCCGACUACCUCGUCCAGGACCCCAUGCAUCCUGAUUUCCAUCAGCUGUGGGACGGCACCGCCAGAGUCAACACCGAGACAUUCAGCAAGGCGUUUCAUCCCGUGCCCAACGACCAUGUGCGCACCUGGAAGGACUACAAGAACUUCUUUAGCCGGCACUUUAUCAUCCCGGGCGUGGACAAGGCCGGGUCUGGCGACGAGGAAGGCGGCAAGGUCGAGUAUGGCCACGUCAUCAGGGAGGAGUUUCCAGGCGGCGUUGUUGAGCUGAAGGCGUGGUUGAGUCGGAUCAGGGGGACGCUGGUGCAGAUGCCGCUGGACUUCCUGGUGGAUGUGGACGACAUUGCCAAGGAGGGCUUGGAGCUGAACAGCCUGACCCAAGUGAUCUAUACGUGA